GCGGCGGGUGCGGGCCGGAGAGUGCGUGCAUGCUGAAUUUUCUGUCCGUACAGGGAGGCAGAUGGUGGCGGCAGUGGUGGAAAACUCCAGCGGAAUGCAGCGAUGUUCGCCGUGGAUAUAAAGACGGCAGACAUCCCACUAAACCCCCCCUACGAGGCCCACUGCUACAACCAACCUUGCUAAAGACACCGACCUACGACAGCAGCGACAGCUUUAUAGUGUCAAUUGCAUUGCUACGGCCAUCAUGGGAUCCCUCGACUCGCUGCCCGCUAUGAAGCGCGAGCCAAAGAUCAUCUUCUUCACCGAUUUUGACGGCACCAUCACGCUGCAGGAUAGUAUGCUUCACGGAAACCAUUUGGGCAGAGAGGGAGAGAUGCGAGUCUAACUGUGGAUGCCACUCGCAGGCAACGAUCACUUGGUAAUGAUCUAUAUUCUUGCUUGAUUGCUUUCUACGUCCUGCCUCACUACUCUCAUGGACACUAGCUAACCAGGCCCCUCCAGACCGACCACCUCGGGUUUGGCGCUGUCGAACGAAGCGCAAGGAACACCGCUAUCCUCGAGGGCAAAAUUACUUUCCGGUAAACGCUCGAUUGUCCUCAUCCUGCUGCUUAAUGAUGAAGCCCAUUCGGUCUGUUUGCUGACUCCUGACAAUUAGGGAUGGCUUCCGGGAGAUGCUUGACAGUAUCGACACUCCCUUUGGCGAAUGUGUCGAGUUCCUCUGCCAGAGAGUCACACUUGAUCCACACUUCACCGAAUUUUACAACUGGGCCAAGAACAACAACGUGCCUAUUGUGGUGCUGUCGUCCGGGAUGGUCCCUAUCAUCCACGCUCUCUUGGUGAAGCUCCUCGGACACAAGCCCGAGAACAUCCAGAUUGUUGCCAACCAGGUUGCUAGUAGAGACGGAAAGGAUAUCAACUCCAAGGGAGGAUGGCAGAUUGACUUCCAUGAUGAUAGCCACUUUGGCCAUGACAAGUCCCUGGAGAUUCGCCCUUACGCUGCAAUCCCCAAGUCUGACCGCCCAAUCCUCCUCUAUGCCGGAGAUGGGGUAUCUGACAUCUCUGCUGCCCGCCAGACAGACCUGCUCUUCGCCAAAAAGGGACACGACCUAACCAUUAUCUGCAAACGUGAUAAUAUCCCAUACACAACUUUUGAGGAUUGGUCUUCCAUUCUCUCCACCACCAGAGACCUCCUUGAGGGCAAGACGACUCUAGAUGAUGUUAUCACUGCACAGAAGCGCGAUAACAACUAGAUUUUUACCCCACAUUUAGUUCUGAUCGUUUAUUAUAGACUGGCACUGUAUAUGCCGUUUGACACAUAUUUUAAACAUAAAAAAUCUAACUACGAUUGAGAUAUAGAGUAUCAUGAGAAAUAGAUAGAAUGAUUAUGCCAUGUUUGAUUUGUUCUUCCUCCCCUCUGAUGUUUCCGGUAUCAGCCCUCCCUUGCUUUGGCCCCCUAAGUUACAGAAUAUGCC